CGGACAUAAGAGAUAGAGCGAUGGAGAGCGCAGGGCGUGCGGCAGGAACAGUCGCACCGCAGGAGGUGCCGGUUCCGCUGUCCUUGCUGUGGAAGACGGUAGGAGAAGAUGACCAAGGAGCUAUCUACCUCAAUGCCACAGUCGUUCAGAGUGUCCUGCUCGAACCCGCAACCACGCCGGAGCAGCUAGAAAAGUACCGGCCACAGGACCUGUUGUUCGAGAUGAGGGUCAAUGAAGGCCCAAUUGCAGGGGGGGAAAUAGGCAGCGGAAUAAAGAGCGUGGAGGGCGUUCGUGGGUGCGUCAUGGUACAUGAGACUCUGGAAUUGAAGAACAUCCCGCUGGAUGUUUGUCUACAGAAGAGCUGGUGA